UCGCCUGGCUGUUUUGUUUCUCUCUAAUAGAUGGCGCUAAAAUCAUCCAUUACAUUAGAACAUUUUUCAUUCAUUCAUCAAGCAGACGUGAAAAGACGUGGGGAAAAGCCAAUGCGGGUGUGCUUGGAUGUUAUUGUUUUGUAAACGUUUCUCUUGAUGCUUUUUUUUUUAAAGUAAUAAUAAAUUAGAGUUUGCAAUCUGUAGAAGAAUUAGGAGAUAAUGAAAAGUUUUAAAUGAAAGUAAUUUAUUAACACCUUAUAAUCUAAAGGUUAAUUUCCCUCUUUGAAAAGGUGCAACAGGUGGAAAAGGGGAUGCUUUCUACCGAGAUAACAUUUUACCAGUGGGCACUAUUAUAUUUUCUUUGCUUCAUCAAUAAACCGUCCUUAGUGAAUGCCAAAAGCAGUUCUGGAAUGAAAUUUCAGUAUGAGAGGCAUAGAUCUGCGUCUAAGAUAUGGUCAACGUGGACACAUUGGUCAGAAUGUAGUCGCACCUGUGGUGGAGGAGUUAGAAUGCGAUCAAGACAUUGUCGCAUAAGAGUGAAUGGAUACUCAGUAUCAAAUGACUCAUGCCUGGGAGAAAGUGUCGAACACGAACUUUGUUCUACUAGCACCUGCUCACCAAUUGACAAAGACUUUUUGGAGUAUCAAUGCUCGUUACAAAAUGGCCUUGUUAUUGCGGGAAAAAGAGUUAGCGAUUGGCUCCCUUACAAAUAUGGAGUAAAUUCUUGUCAACUUCAGUGCUGGUCGAAAGUAAAUUUCAUCAUUCACAGUUUUGGCAAAGUCAUGGACGGGACAAAAUGUUCAUACAUGAAUACAGAAGAAGAAGAAGCAAUAUGUAUCAACGGUAGGUGCUCGCUUGUCGACUGUUCUGGAAAAAUUGGUUCAUUUAAGCAGAAGGAUAAGUGUGGAAUAUGUGAUGGAAAUAAUUCAACUUGUGUCAAAUUUCAGAAUACAUUUUGGAAACGACCUAGAAACAGAGAAUACUAUUCUAAUAAAGAUUAUCAUUAUGAAUAUGAUGAAAUAUUUCGUAUACCAACUGGAGCAACAAAUAUUCUUGUGCAAGAAGCAAGCAAAACAAACUUCUUGGCUUUGGUAGACCAAAAAGGAAAGUACUUCAUAAAUGGCAACUGGAGAGUUGAUUCACCAGGAAAAUUUAACGUCCAUGGAUCAGAAUUUAUUUACAAUCGAACUUGGGAUGGAACAGAAAUAUUGACUUCAAUGAACCCUACAAGAUACAUACUUAUUGUUUUAGUCAUGGGAAAUGGAGACGUUCCAACAGUGCAAUAUGAAUACUGGAUGUCAACAUACAGCCACAAACAACGUACAAGUCAGCAACAUACUUCAUAUCAAGCAGACCCCUUGGAACAACGUUCCUAUCACACAAAAUUUAAUGAACCAAAAACGAACCCAACUCCCGUUACAAAAGAAAUUACUCUAUCACCAAAACUCCAAGGCUACAAUUCCUUUUACCACCGAAAUGAGAUUUUAAAGUCAGUUCCUUCGUGGAGCAUCAAAAGAUUUUCUAAUUACAAGAAUCCUCUGAAUAUUUUAUCUUACCAAAAUCCAAAUCAUAUUUAUUCUGUUGAUGGAGGAAGCACAACUGAGGCUGCUUACUGGAAUCAAAACAAAGCGAAAGAGGUCACGAAUAAUAUAGUUUAUCAACAAAUAAAAUCCAAGAACCUUCCCAUUUUGAAUGAUAAAAUAGUUCCAUUGGAUAGUGCUGGAAGGCCAACUGGAACUUCAGCGCAGAUGGGUAACCAAAACAAAGUGUUCGAAUAUAAUGUGCAAGAUGAUUUUCUGAAGCAGAACAUUAAAAAUAAAUCAAAUAUUGAAACAAUUAUUAACCGACGAAAAGAAAAAUCAUUAAAUACAAGGGGUAAAAGUAAGUAUGCUUAUAAUAAAAUUUUUAACUAUUAUUUUGUUUUUAACUAGGAGUGUUCAUCCCUUAUUCGUUAUCGCUCACUGUCUAUCGGAAUUGCUUACACAGUUCAUUUCAAAUCGCUUUGAACAUUUUUUUCGCCAUAACUUUUGUUCCAUAAUACAACUUUUAAACUUUAACCAUUCCAGAACCGGGAUCACGUAUAUGUAAUCGCACCUAUCACCCUACGCGGCCCACGGUAUCUUAUAUAAAACGAGCCUUUCUGACACUAGCAGCCCAAGAUCAUACAGACGUGAUGACAAUAUGCUUCUCUCGUAUUACAUCACGGAU